CAGCAAAGGUUCCAUCUGAGAGGGAUGAAUACAGAGUUCCAUGCUAAACAACGGAUGAAACCAACAAGACAACCCAAACCCACCAAAACGAAAAGCUUCUUCUCUCCUGCUCCUGCUCUCCAAUUCCCAUUCUCUCUGUUCCUCGGCUGCCUCGAUUCUCCGGAAUUUCUUGGGGUUUCCGGCGUUCUCUCGCUGUUUCCGUCUCUGAAUGUGGCAGCUCCGGCGGAAAUUAGGGUUUUUUGUCGUGAGAAAAUUUUGAGUUCCGAGACCCGUUUGUCCUUUAUUGUCGCCGGUGUGAAAUUUCUGGUGGAUUCUUCAUGCCCUUUUUGGUUUUUAUUGGGUUUUGUGUCGGAGUCCAAAAGGGUUAUGAAAUCGAGCUUCUUUGAACAUGGUUUAUCGUUCCAAUCAGACGCCGGAAACAGCUCGGCGGUUGUGAUUCCGAUUGAAAGUUACUGUCCAUCGAGCACUAGCACGAUUGGUGAAGUUUUUCCUGGGAUUUCUGGUAUGAACACUACAUCUGGGUUUCUUUCAGCUGGUAAUUAUUCGUCUUCGGCUUCGGUUUCGGGUGUUCUUGAUUCGGUAUCUGGACUCAAGCAUGAAGCUUCCGCGGUUAUGGAUUGGGCUGUAGGGGAGCAGUAUUUGUUGGAGAAAGGCCUUGAAAUAUACAAAGAUGAUUCGAAGAUUAUGAAGUAUAUAAAGAUUGCGGCAACAUUACCAGAUAAAACUGUACGUGAUGUAGCAUUGAGGUGCAGGUGGAUGCAAAGAAAACGAAGGAAAGGGGAAGAACAUAGUUCCGCCAAGAAGAUUAGCAACAGGAAGGAUAAGCCGGUGGAUUCAUCUCCAACUCUGAAGCUGAACAAGCUCCCAGAUAUGCCACAACAAAAUGCUGCCUUUGCUUCAUUCAUGAACAGUAUGUACCACAGCGUACGAUUGCCUUGUGAAGGUCUAAGUGAGAUGGCGAUUGAUCUUCUACAGCAGAAUAAACUAGCUUUCAGUCAAAUAUCUCACAACAUUUCUGCAUGCAAGCUACGGGAUAACAUCAAUCUCUUUUCUCAGGCAAGAAAUAAUAUCAGUGCCAUCCUGAAUGACAUGAGGGAGAUGCCCGGAAUCAUGAGCCGGAUGCCGCCUCUACCCGUGUCAAUUAACGAGGAUCUUGCGAGCAGUAUUCUGAUGAGUACAACACAACCAGUCACAUACACCGUGCCCGCGAGCAUCCGUCUGAAGCAGGAGCCAAGGAGCUGAUGGAUAACACAAGAGGUAGUUCGCCAAAAAGGGCAUGACCCUUGGCAGAGAAUGUUGGCCCUAAGCUGCUACAACGGGAAUUCUUGUCGGACAGCGAGAUUUGGCGGUGGAAAAACGUGUUCGACCGACGCAAGCUUUGCCACAGGUUUCACCCUUGGCAUCUCGAAAUCGAUUAUUUUAGAUGCUUAUCUAAAUUUUAUAGAUUUGGGCAUGACAGCCCAGCUGUUGUAGAUAUUUCAAUUACAUGUUUUAUGUGCCUUCAAAUCCUCCUGUAGUAUGCAAAUGUGUGUUGUAGGGUUAAAUAAAAGUCAAUAAAAUAAGAGAAAUAUAAUGUGCCCUUAUAAGGA